AGAAAACUGAUUUUUCUUUUUUCUUGUUUUUCAACUUUCCAAACAGCAUAAAUGAAGAUAUUCCUGCCUUUUCUCUUAUUUCUUGAAGGUCUCUUAUCUGAAAAAACAUUCAUAACCAAACAGGAUGGAGAGACUGUGACUUUACUCCUGAACCAGGAAGGACUGGAUCUUAGGCACUUUAUAUGGACUUAUGGGCCGCUUGUGCCCAUUUCAGUACUUGUCAUGGUCGCCAACAGUGAUGUUGUUCGUGUCAAUGGUACCAGAUUUGAAGACAGACUGCGCAUACAUGUGGAAACUGGAUCAAUUACAAUCAACAACCUCACCAUCCAUGACACUGGAAAUUUUUUGAUUCAGGUUUUUACAGAAAGUGGAACGUGGAAUCAAACAUAUAACCUUACAGUCUGUGCUAAUCGAAUAAUUGAGGUUAAUGGUCUGGUUGGGGACAAUGUCGUGCUGGACACUGGAGUAAAGGAACUCCAGAAAGACCAUAAGGUCAUAUGGACAAAGGGUCGGGAUUUUGUCGGCAUAUCAGUAGCUGAGUGGGAGAAAAACAUCACAACUAUUAUCCCAAGCUUCCAGGGUAUUCUGUAUUUGGACUGGCACACUGGAUCGCUCACUUUUAUCAACAUAAAAUCAAAUGUGUCUGGGUAUUACUGUGUCAAGAUGCUGCUGUGGGGUGACCCACACAUACUAAGACAAUAUGCCCUGAACGUGUACGAUCCAGUUCCCAAACCACAUAUCUCUGGGACUCAAGUUGAUGAUGGUACCUGCUCAGUUACCUGUUCAUCACAGAAUGCACCAAGUGAUACCCUGUCCUGGUACAGAGGAGAGAAAAAAAUAAACCAGACCUGCGAUCCGGACAUGUCUAGAAACCUCUCCCUGCUUCUGAAAAUAAAGAGAGACAUUCAAGAGAAAGACAUCUACAAAUGUGAGGCGAGCAAUCCUGUUGAUAGAAAAACAGUCACAUUGAACUCCACAGCGUGGUGUCCACUUCCCAAUCCAGCUCAGCUGCAAAAGCUCAUCUACAAAAGGCCAUCUGGGUAUGUUGUGAACAUCCUCAAUUCCAGCUCUUCAGGGUAUUGGAUGAAUUUACAGGGUCACAGUCAGACACAUCCAAUCAAAUCAGUUUUGGACACCUGCUGGGAGCAUGGUAAAAUUACAUCUAAUAGUUUUGGUUGGAUAGAUUUUGAGAUGAAGAACCUGUCAAAGGACAGUAACAAGUAUAAUGGCAUGGAUGAUCGAGUUCAGCAGUACCUUGAUAGCAAAUAUACGGACAUGAUUCAGGUGUUUCCUGAGGGAUCAAAGAUCCACAGGAAAGACAGGGGCAGCAGUUUAUAUUCCCAAGUUUCGUAA